AAACAAAACAAUAUUCGAAUCAUCAGAUGUUUUUUGGUAAAAUUCAGGAAACAUUAUCAUUUUUUGGAUGAUUAAAUAAAAUGUUAAAAAUGUCACAAUUUACACGGAUAUUUACGGAAUCAUUAAGAUUCUUGUCGGGUCAACCACAACAGCAACAAGCAAUUCAAACUCGAUCAAAAGAGCAACAACAAAAUUUUGAUUAUUUUCUUAUUCUUGAUUUUGAAGCAACAUGUGAUAAACCAAAACAAUUAACACCAAUGGAAAUAAUUGAAUUUCCAGUAUUGAAAUUUGAUUGUAAAACAUUAGAAAUUGUUGAUCAAUUUCAUCGUUAUGUUCGGCCAACAAUAAAUCCAAAUUUAACAACAUUUUGUAUUGAACUGACCGGUAUCGUACAAGAUAUGGUCGAUAAUUCGGAUAAAUUUUCAAAAGUUUUUAAUGAUUUUCAAAAAUGGCUUUUUGAAACAAAAUUAUUGAAUGAAAAUCAGGCACCAAUUUCAAGAUUUACAUUCAUUACAUGCGGCGAUUGGGAUCUGCAAAAAAUCCUACCAAAUCAAUGUAAAAUGUGUAAUUAUGAAAUACCAUCAUAUAUGAAAUCAUGGAUAAAUGUAAAAAAAUCCUAUGUUGAUCAUACAAAAGAAUGGCCACGUAGUCAAUCAACAAUGUUAAAUCAAUUAGGAAUUGAAUCGAUUGGUCGUCCACAUUCCGGUAUUGAUGAUUGUCAUAAUCUUGCACAAAUUGUUCGAUGUUUAGUAAGGCAAAAUUAUAUUUUUCAUAAUAAUUCUCGUUUAAAAUUGAAUUAAAAAUUUUUUUUAAUGUCGAA